AUGAAACUUGACACAGCCCCCGACGCUGAUUUUAUAUCUGCAGACUUUCUUCGGGAUGGUGGUCAUCCGCUUCAUGUAAUCUUAGCAGCGCACAUGACAUCCUACCUUCAGAAAGAAAGGAUCCCAGACCAGUGGAAGACCUCGCGAACCGUUCUUAUCCAUAAGAAAGGUGAUCGAGAGGACCUUCGGAACUACUAUCCGAUAUGCUUGCUGAGCGUGUUAUACAAAGUAUUCAAGAUCAUCCUCACGCGCAUAUCUAGGACGCUGGAUGAAGCCCAGCCUCAAGAACAAGCUGGAUUCCGCCAGGGGUUCAGCUGCUUGGACCACAUCCAGACCGUGUCGAGGGUCAUAGAGGCCCUCGAUGGACGCCUCCAACAAGAUAGACUGAUGUUGUUCGCCGCACGGCUGGACCCGCUGAAAGCUCAGCUGGAUCCGGCUGAAUGGUGUUGUCAAGGCAUCUUGGACGACCGUAGAGAGAGAACUGGAAAAGCUGCUGGAGCUCGCAGUGAAGAUGACCUAUCUGUAUCUAAGGUCAUUGCUCUCCACAACGGUUUACCGCCUCAUAGUGGCGUGGAGGUGACACUGGGCGUCGAACUGCGAUCAGCGGAGGUUGGGCGGCGACCUGUGGUGAAAGCUAAGCUCGCCGUGGCAUGGCUGCUUAGUUUGGGGAAAAGUCUCUUUGCCACUCCAGCAUAUUCACUGCCUCAGUACUCUGCACACUGGGCCCUGCCGUCUCAGACGUCGGACGGUAUGGCGACCGACUGUGUACUUACAACGCGAGAACAGUUUCCACAGACGCUGACCUGCAUGCCCUUCUCGGAGCUCAAAUUUCGCGUGAUUGCUCUGCAGGAGACCAAAUGCAGAAGGAGCGACGUACGACAGAUGAAUGACGGUACACACGUCAUUCGUGGAGAGAAGGUUCCAUCGCGAAAUGUAGGCGGUGUUGGUUUUGUCGUGCACCCAUCUGUCGUCCAUCUCGUCGAUUCUCACGAGACCCUGUCACCUCGUCUGGCCAUUCUUCGCCUCCGCCCUCUGCGCCAAAAAUCCAUCAGUAUCAUCAACUGCUAUUCACCAACAUCAGCAGCUGAUGAAUCCGAAUUGGACGCGUUUUACGAGGAGCUGAAGGAAGUAGUCCGCAACGAGAAGUCCUUCUACAAAUUCGUUGUCAGAGACUUUAACGCAAAACUAGGAAAGGCCACAGAAGAGGAAUACAGGAUUGGAAGAUUUGGACUAGGGGACCGGAAUGAAAAUGGCAAUCGUCUCGCCGGGCUGUUGUCCGCCGCUCGCCUCUUUCAUGGGAACUCUCUUUUCAUGAAAAAAGAUCAUCGUCGGUGGACAUGGGAAUCGCCCAACGGCGCAACUCGUGCGGAGAUCGACCACAUACUCACCAAUCGGAGGUGGUGUCUACUUGACGUCUCAGUAGUACCAUCCUUUUGUAGUGGUUCUGAUCAUCGUCUCCUUCGUGCAAAAAUACGACUUAGCCACGCGAUGGAAAAGAACAUCUGCUAUCGGCAACGAAGGAGAAAAGAAGUCGUCUACGACGAUUGCGUACUCGAGUACUCCUUGUCCCAAGGUGACUGGCACAUCGAGGAGGACCCAAACGUGGACUACGAGAAGUUGCUCAGAGAAUUACGAGCCUGUGCUGAACGUGCCUCGAAGCCGCGCACGACAAACUUGGAUCGAAUUUCGAAGACCACUAAGGAAUUGUUGGAAAGAAGAAGGGCUUCGAGGCUUGAUUCGAAUGCAUCGCACACUGAGCGGUUAGUAGCAAACACUAGCUGCAGGAAAGCGUUGCAGGAGGAUCUUUUGAAGUACAGGCAGAAGAAGAUUCUGGAAGCAGCACAAAGAAGAACGAGUCUAAAGAAGUGCCGCAGGGAUCUCCGCGAUUAUAAUAUUCCGCUAGCAACCUUGCUGAGCGAAGACGGGACUCGCACGUCUUCUCGUCAUGAGAUGGAAAUAAUUACGGAGAGGUUCUACUCGAGCCUUGUCCGUUCAUCAACUCCUGUAUCAAGCCCAAUCAUCCCCACUGGCGAAGCUCCACCACGGAUUCUCCCUUCAGAAGUACGAGUCGCUAUCAAGAGCAUGAAGCCUGGCACAGCUCCCGGACCUAAUUUUAUAUCAGCAGACUUUCUUCGGGCUGACCAGUGGAAGACCUCGCGAACCGUUCUUAUCCAUAAGAAAGGUGACCGAGAAGACCUUCGGAACUACCGUCCGAUAUGCUUGCUGAGCGUGUUAUACAAAGUAUUCAAGAUCAUCCUCACGCGCAUAUCUACGACGCUGGAUGAAGCCCAGCCUCAAGAACAAGCUGGAUUCCGCCAGGGGUUCGGCUGCUUGGACCACAUCCAGACCGUGUCGAGGGUCAUAGAGGUUUGCCGGGAAUACCACCUGCCCCUUGUUCUAACCUUCGUCGACUAUGAGAAAGUCUUUGACAGCGUAGAAACGAAUGCAAUACUGUCAGCGCUGGUCGAUCAAGGUGUGGACGCGUCGUAUGUGAGGAAAUUAGCCAAUUGCUACGAUCGAUGCACGACUAGGAUACAGCUUUUCCACCGCCCUCUCACCAUACCCAUUGGAACGGGGAUACGACAAGGCGAUACUAUAUCGCUGAAACUGUUCACGGCUGCAUUGCAAUGCAUAAUGAAAUCACUAUCUUGGGAAGAAAGGGCAUACGUGUUGAUGGAAGGUUUGUUUCGAACCUUCGUUUCGCGGACGACAUCGAGCAGUACCAGGGAAGCAGAAACGAUGCUGAACGAAUUGAACGAAGCAGGAAAGAGAAUAGGAUUACGAAUAAACAGAAAGAAGACACAGUUCAUGAAGAACGCCCACUGCGAGGACGGAGGAGUACAACUUGAAGGGCCCCAAAUCGUGGAAACUCCGUCAUACGUAUACCUCGGACGUUCUAUAAACAUGGAAAACGACUUGAAGGAAGAACUGAAUAGAAGAAUGGGAGCAACAUAG